GUUCAUGCGGAACUCUUCGGUCUGCCUAAAACGUCAGGCUUUGGCUAAAAAUCACUCGUUCGUGGAGAUUAUUACGGUUAAAAUGAUCAUCAUCGCAAUCCUUCUGGCAACGAUGUCGACCGGCUUCGUCGAAGGUGCGGAGGUACAUCGAAAUACCCGGGCCCCCCUGUCCCAUAGGAGUCCAUACCAAGGGUUGGACGCCCCUCACCAAGUGAACCAGCGCGCAUCCAGUCAGCACGAAUCGUCCACCCCCCAAGACUACAAUCAACUAGACGUCAACCUGGCUUACAAACCCUUCGACUCCGCCCCAGCCCACAUAAGACGCCUGAUCUACGACGCCUACGGUCCCCAGCAGCCCUACGUCAACCCUCACGCCUUCUUCUACAAGAACUACGUCGGGCUUCCCGACGAUUUCCUCACAUCUGGUGACCACCGUAGAAGAGCAGAUGAGGAACACGCGCACUCAGUUGUCUCAUCAACAGCCGCUCCCAUCUCCUACAGGACUGCCUACCCCUUGCACUCCGAGACUGUCGCCAAUAUUCCCACCAAGGUUCUCCAGAAAGGAGGAAUCAAGUACAAAGAGGACAUCCACCAGAAACAGCAAUUCUACUCGCCUCAACGAACUUAUGGAUUGAGGAAUCCUCUUCAGUCUCACAGAAACUCGGAGCAGACGAAGAGGUCACCUGUCUCAGCAUCCUCCGAGGCCCAGCAAGACCAGAUGUACGACAUGCCAGUGGCACUUCAGACUCUCCUGAGCUACCAGGCACAGAUCCCCUACAAUGUCCUUGCGAAUCACAUCAUCUUCGAGACGAAAAAACCUUUCGUACCAAAACCCCUGCCAGAAGACGCGAAGUACUCAUCUCAGUAUCCGAAUAAAAUAUUCUACAUCAGAGCUGAUGGACAGGUUCUCGAGGGUGUCCCGGCGAUGGGAAUCGGCGCGGGGGAGAUCAAGUACAAGGACGCAUCAUCUCAAGGUCACUAGUGGAGUAGAGUAUUAGAGAAUAGUUGGUAGGAAUGUUGAUGGAUCUGUUCUGUGCGGAGUAGUAAAAGGAGAUAAAUAGGAAUUUGCAUUCGCGUAAAAACUUCUUGUUUCUAACAAAUUUUCUUGUGUCACGGGUCAUAUUGCUUCAUAGAGAAGGUUAUUGCGAUCAGAGCAAGGAUAGACUCGUGAAGCCGAAAAGUUUUGCUCUCACAAAUGAAGUCUUUGUAAAGACUGAGAAAAUACAUAUAACAGUAUAUUUCAGGGCGAGUGCCAUGGGGU